GUGUGUGUGUGUGUAGUGAUAUUAAGACUAGUGAAGGUGGAUGGGGAGGAGAGAAUCUGAGAGUGAAAGAAAUAAAAGAAGGAAUGGAAAGAGAGAGGGAGAGGAAAUAAGAGAGGAAGGAGGGAGGACUGCUUUAGAGCUGCUAAGAUUGCAGACAGAAAUAGCACACAACCACCGUGAGCUCUACGCGACUCAGAAACCAAGACUAAAUUGUAUUCACUUUUACUCAUCAGUGGCUCAGAAAAAAAGGAAAUGAUAUCUGGUCGUGUCUUCUUCUACAUCUUGAUUUUUGGAAAAUAUUUGGCACAUGGGAGUGGACAAGAUGUCAGCUGCUCCCUUGGCUAUUUCCCCUGUGGGAACAUCACCAAGUGUCUGCCCCAGUUUCUUCAUUGUAAUGGUGUGGAUGAUUGUGGGAAUCUGGCUGAUGAGGACAACUGUGGAGACAACAAUGGAUGGCCUUUACAAUUUGAAGAAUAUAUGUCCAGUUACUACAAAAAAAGGUCCCAGUUUUCCUUUAAUUCAAACACAUCCGAAUGCUUGAUCGGUUCUGUGCCAGUGCAAUGUACUUGCCAAAGCUUACUUCUUGACUGUGAAGGAACCAAUUUACGAGCUAUCCCAUCAGUUUCUUCAAAUGUGACUUUGAUGUCACUUAACCGGAACUUAAUAAGAAAGCUUCCUCCUCAUGGCUUCAAGAAGUACCAUGAUCUACAGGAGCUGUACCUACAAGACAAUAAGAUUAGAUCCAUCACCAUCUAUGCUUUCAGAGGACUACAUAAUCUUCUUAAACUGUAUCUCAGUCAUAACAGAUUAACCUUCUUGAAACCGGGGAUUUUUGAAGACCUUCACAGAUUAGAAUGGCUGAUAAUUGAAGAUAACCACCUCAGUCGAAUUUCCCCACUAACAUUUUAUGGACUAAAUUCUCUGUUUUUCUUAGUGCUGAUGAACAAUGUCCUCACCCGUUUGCCUGAUAAGCCUCUUUGUCAGCAUAUGCCAAGACUACAUUGGCUGGACUUUGAAGGCAACCAUAUCCACAAUUUAAGAAACUUGACUUUCAUUUCCUGCUCUAACUUAACUGUUUUGGUAAUGAGGAAAAACAAAAUUCAUCACAUAAAUGAAAAUACGUUUGCACCACUCAAGAGACUGUAUGAAUUGGACCUAGGAUUUAAUAAGAUUGAAAGCAUCCCACCAAUUGUAUUUAAGGAUCUGAAGGAGCUUUCACAAUUGAAUCUUUCUUAUAACCCAAUCCAGAACAUUCAAGUAGACCAAUUUGAUCAUCUCGUCAAACUCAGGUCUCUCAGCCUAGAAGGAAUUGAAAUUUCAAAUAUCCAACAAAGGAUGUUUAGACCUCUUAAGAAUCUCUCUUACAUAUAUUUUAAGAAAUUCCAGUACUGUGGCUAUGCACCACAUGUGCGAAGUUGUAAACCGAACACGGAUGGAAUCUCAUCUCUAGAGAAUCUCUUGGCAAACAUUAUUCAAAGAAUAUUUGUCUGGGUUGUAUCUGCAGUUACAUGCUUUGGAAACAUCUUUGUAAUUUGCAUGCGGCCUUAUAUCAGGUCUGAGAACAAACUACAUGCUAUGUCAAUCGUUUCUCUCUGCUGUGCUGACUGCCUAAUGGGAGUAUACUUAUUUGUGAUUGGAGCCUUUGACAUAAAGUUCCGAGGUGAAUACAAUAAGCAUGCACAGCUGUGGAUGGAGAGUAUUCAUUGCCAACUUGUGGGAUCUCUGGCCAUUCUCUCCACAGAAGUAUCAGUAUUACUUUUGACAUUUCUAACAUUGGAAAAAUACAUCUGCAUUGUGUAUCCAUUUAGAUGUUUACGACCUCGAAAAUGCAGAACAAUUACAGUUCUGGUUCUCAUUUGGAUUACUGGGUUUUUCAUGGCUUUCAUGCCAAUGAGCAAUAAGGAAUUUUUCAAAAAUUACUAUGGCACCAAUGGAGUAUGUUUCCCUCUUCAUUCAGAAGAUACAGAAAGUUUUGGAGCUCAGAUUUACUCUGUGGCAAUUUUUCUCGGCAUUAACUUGGCAGCAUUUAUCAUCAUAGUUUUUUCCUAUGGAAGCAUGUUUCACAGCAUUCAUCAAAGUGCCAUAUCAGCAAUGGAAAUGCGGAAUCCAGUUAAAAAAGAGAUGAUCCUUGCCAAGCGUUUUUUCUUUAUUGUAUUUACUGACGCAUUAUGCUGGAUACCCAUUUUUAUAGUGAAAGUUCUUUCACUGCUUCAGGUAGAAAUACCAGGUACCAUAACUUCUUGGAUAGUGAUUUUUAUCCUGCCCAUCAACAGCGCUUUGAACCCAAUUCUCUAUACUCUGACCACAAGACCAUUUAAGGAAAUGAUUCAGCAGAUUUGGAUUAACUACAGACAAAGAAAAUCUAUUGACAGUAAAGGGAGUCAGAAAGCAUACCCUCCAUCAUUCAUCUGGGUAGAAAUGUGGCCACUGCAGGAGAUGCCGCCUGACUUAAUGAAGCCAACUCUUUUCACAAACUCCUGUGAAUUGUCACUGAUUUCCCAGUCAACCAGACUCAAUUUUUAUUCCUAACAGUAUUUCUUCACAGAGAAUUCUGCAAAUGCUUCACUGUGUGUUAAUUGAUAGAAAAUGAAUACCACAAAAUUAAUCAUUUCUAGUCAUGAGUAGAGACCAAGAAGUUAGUGGGGGAAAUUAAAAUGAUGCCCAUAUAGGGGAAAAUAAAUUAUAGUGGUAAUGUUUAUACACAAAUACAUAUUUUGUGUAGGAAAUUAAAUCUACUUCAGAAUAAUUCUUUUUUUUUUUUAAUCAUGCUUUGAGUACCUGUGUGUGGCUUUAUGGUAAAUUACAGGAAAUAGUGUAGAAUCUUUUCAACUUGCGAUAUUAACUUGUGUCUAACCACAACAUAAUGUACACCUAGAAUACACCUACAACUCCUAACUUAAGGUAGCAUUUUAUUGUGCAUAUAAGUAAAUGUAAGAAUUGUGGGUACUUUAAUAAAGGUUUGAAGUUUAGAACACAUGGCAUAGUAGUAUCAGGAAAUGUCAACUGUUUGCAAAAGUACAGAUAUUCUGUUAUAAGAAUUCAGCAUACCUCUCUUCAAGUCUCUGUGCACUUAACCGCCAAUACAACACACUUAAUACUAUGAAAAUGUUGCUUAUGCAAAUUCAGAACAUUACUGCCAUUUCUUGUCCAGCUAUUUGCUUUAAAUAAGCACCACCAUAUGGAACCAAAAAGGAAAGGCAGAAGUAUUGCAGUGAAAUGAAUCAGAAAAGCUAGGAGAUAGACAUUUAAAUGGAUGGAAUAGGAUUGUGAAUCCAGACGUUUAUAGUUGACCAAUUUUUGACAAAGAGGUCCAGAUAAUGAAAUGGAGAAAGUACAGUUUUUUCACAAGUGUUGCUGGAACAACUGAAUAUUCACAUGCAAAAGAGUUAAUAAAGCCCCUUUUAUACUAUAUAUAAAAAUCAAUUCAAAAUGAAUCAACAACCUAAAUAUAAAAUAAGACUUUAAAAUAUUGGUAACUCUUCAAGACGCUCCGAUACGAUGACAAAAUCAUGACAAACA